UGUGGGAAGGGCUUCAGAGACAGCUGCAACCUGAUCCGCCACCAGGGGAUCCACACCAGGGAGAAGCCCUACGAGUGCACGCAGUGUGGGAAAGGCUUCAGCAAGAUCUGCACCCUGAUCACCCACCAGAAGAUCCACACUGGGCAGCGGCUCUACGAGUGUCCUGAGUGUGGGAAAAAGUUUCAGACGAGCUCGAGUCUCGUCAGACAUCUGUGGAUUCACACAGAGGAGAGGCCCUUCCAGUGCCCUGACUGCGGGAAGGAUUUCAAUCGACAAUCCAGCCUUGUCAACCACCGGCGCAUCCACGCCGGGGAGAAACCCUACGAGUGUGGGAAGUGUGGGAAGAGCUUCAGCACGAGCUACCACCUGCUCCGCCACCAGAUAUUCCACACUGGGGAACGGCCCUACGAGUGCCUGAAGUGUGGGAAGAGCUUCAGCAUGAGCUACCACCUGAUCACACACCAGAAGGUCCACACCGGGGAACGGCCCUACGAGUGCUCCGAGUGUGGGAAGAGGUUUCGGAGCAGCUCCAAUCUCCUCCAGCACCAGCGGAUUCACACGGAUGAGAGGCCCUUCCGCUGCCCCGACUGCGGGAAGGGCUUCAAGCUCAACUGCCACCUCACUGUCCACCGGCGCAUCCACACCGGGGAGGCGCCCUACGAGUGUCCCGAGUGUGGGAAGGGCUUCAAAUACAGCGGUGCCUUGACCAGACACCAGCAGAGCCACCAGUAAGGGAAGCCCGGUAGAAACAUGAAAAGGAGACUCACAAGCUGAGGGCAGAAUGAAUCCGUUGAUUGCAGAGUUGAGACAGUACUUCGACAUUUAGUGUGAGAGUCUUUGUUCAGUCCUUCACACCCAGCAAUGUUGCAGGCCUGUAAUAAAUCCAUCAGCCUGA